CACCGCUCCUCCUGCCAGACUCCCAGGCCAAGCAACGUCGCCAUACGGAACAUCCUGCCCUCGACGGAGAGGGGGAGGAGAGAGAGAGAGAGAGAGAGAGAGAGGUCUGCCGUCUCCCGAUAGUAAAUCUAUCAGGUCUCGAGCGCUGAAACUCGGAGAAACAGACAGAGAAGAGGGAGAAGAGGGGCCUCGCGCUAGUCUCAUCGUUUACCGGUGACCUGGACCAGCAGCAGCAGCAGCAGCGCGUGAAGCCUUGGAUUUAAAAGCCCGAGUAGAAGGACGGAUGGUCGCGCGGACGGGCGGCGCGCUCUGAAGUUGGACAGACUACCGGGACACCGACCAGCAAGCAGCAAGCAGCAGCAGCAGCGGCAGCAGCAGCAGCACCAGCCACCAUCAGCUUUCGUCCCCUCCCCUCUACCUCCCCAAACCCGGUGAAGGCAGCAGCGGCGGCACCGGGAGGCUGUGCCCGCGCACCCUGACCAUGAAGCUGCCUUGGUUACUGGCGCUCACGGCGCUGUUCGCUCACGCCACCACGGGACAGAGUCUGUCACCCCCUAUCGAUGACGAAGGUUCAACAAGAGACGAGUUCUACGACGAUGAGGACCUCUAUUCAGGCUCCGGCUCUGGCUUGCCUGAUAUCAGAAUGAGGCCGACGUCGGUGGGUGUGUCCUACACCACAGAAGAGCCCCUCCUCCUCUCCACGACCCAGGCCACUGGCCCCGCCCCCUCCGCCUCACCUGCGGCCGAGCCGAGCCCCAACCCGGAGGACGCCACGGCCACCCCGCUUCCCACCGAGGCCGAUGGAGAGAGCGGUUUGUUCUGGGAUAGAGAGAAAGAGCUGGAGAAGGAGAGGGAGGAAGAGAUGGAGAGAGAGCAAGAGAGGCAGAGGGAGCUGGAGAGGGAGAGAGAGCUAGAGAGACAGAGGGAACGGGAGAUGGAGAGAGAGAAGGAGAGGGAGAGAGAGCGUGAGCGAGAGAGGGAACGUGAGAGAGAGCGAGAGAAAGAGAGAGAGAGGCAGAGAGUGCGUGAGCUUGAAAGAGAGAGAGAGCUGGAGCGAAUCAGGGCUGCUGCCCAGACCACUGCUGCCCCACGAUCCCCUGCCGCUGUCCCCGUGGUGACCACCAACCCGGCAAUCAGCACCGCGGAAAGUGCAGCUCCCUCCGCCGGUUCGGAUGACUUGAGCACCACAGAGGAAGAUGAGGAUGUCUACCUGUCACCUGAACCCACGUCGUCUUACCCAGGAUUCGACAUGGAAAUCACCACAGAGGAAGACACGCCCACCACAGAAGAGACCACCCCUGAGCCCACGACAGCUGCAACGACCACCACGACAACCACCGUCGCCACCACUAUCAAGACCAGGGUCCCCUUCAGGCCCAGGGUUCCCAUGACGACAGCCACUCAGGUGGCACCAACAGAAAGAACGAUUCGCCCACAACAGCCCACAACUUCACAGGAUGGUAACAACGAAGUGGGCGCUUCAGGGCCAAGUGGAGACUUUGAGAUCCGUGAUGAUCGCCGUAACGAUCUCGGUCGAGGUAUAAUGCCGGUGAAUCCUGAUCUGAUUGGCAACACGGUGGACGCAGGAAGCUCUGCCGCCCAGCUGCCACAGAAGAACAUCCUGGAGAGAAAAGAGGUCUUGAUAGCUGUGAUAGUGGGAGGAGUAGUGGGCGCCUUGUUUGCCGCCUUCCUGGUGAUGUUGCUGGUGUACAGGAUGAAGAAGAAGGACGAGGGCAGCUACACGCUGGAGGAACCCAAACAGGCCACCGUCACCUACCAGAAACCAGACAAGCAGGAGGAGUUUUACGCAUAACACUCGUAUGCCAGAGAGAUGCACCGCACACCGAGGGAGAGAGAAAGAGCGAGAGAGAGAAGAGAGAAAGAUACUCUAAGCCCCCCCUCUGGUCCUCCUUCUCCUCGUCCUCUUCUUCGUCGCUUCCCCCCUCAUCUGCUCGCCUCUCCUCAUCCCUCUCUCCUCUCGUCUCCCAAACACUUGAGAGCGCCUUUCUCUCUGCGGACAUGGAACUUUCUUUUCAAAGAAAAUGAAAAAGAGGACAAAAAAAACAAAACAAAAAAAACGGAAAAAAACAAAUCCAAAUAUAUUCUAAAAAAAAAAAAAUAACACAUACACACAAGAUGUUUUUAAAGUAAAUGUUGUUAUUAAUAUUCUACAGAUUCUCUUGUUCUGUAUGUAAUGAUAUGAUUAUUUUGUAAAAAAAGAAAGACAACAAAACAGAACACAAGCUCUUAACCUGUGUUUUCUAGCACAAAAAAAAAAAAGUUCCUCCUCUGUUUUUCAUGGAGCGAAUGAAAAGGCUAAAAAGAAAAGAGGAAGAGGAGAGGGGUGGGGCGAGCUGAGCGAAACACAAAAGAAAAAGAGAGGGGUGGGCUCGACUCUGCCCCUCGACGCCCCACCACCACCCCGAAAAAGAAAUCUCACAGAGUGUCUGGUUGGCCGCACAGAGCCGAGGGUCAAAAGGUGAGAGGAAAGGUCUCUUUUGUGCCUUCCAUCCCCUCUGGUGCUCAAAGACGCAUAUGCACACCCAUACGGCCACAUAAACACAUGCUUACACAUAUGCACAUGCAUACACACAGACUUGCAUCUGCUUGAAGGUGGCUCUGACCUCUCGCUCUGUGCUCGGCCAACCAGAAAACGGCGAUCAACCCUCGUCAUGUUUCACAACGUCGAGGUGCCGCUGUGGAAACAUAGGCUGGUCCGUCUGCUCCUCUAAGCUGUACAAAGACUAGUUACGGAUAGUAAUAAUAACCAAUAAUAUAUCAAUGUUUUGGGCUGGAUGGUGAACAAUAAUAAUAAUAAUAAUACCAUGAUAAUAAUAAUAAUGAUAAUAAUAAUAAUUCUUAAACAGGAGGAUGUGUAUUUAGCAGUUUAAAAAAAAGUUUAUAUGUAAAUAUCAGCGCAUCCUUUCUGGCAUCACUAACCAUCUGCAUGAUCAUGAAGAGUUUUUAUUCAUCACAUUUGUCAUCACUUUAGAUGAGCUGUGCUCUCGUCAGCCACAUGCACACACACAAACACACUCAUGCACGCACACAAACAAACACACGCACACACACAAGCGCAGACAUAUAACUUGCUGUGCAUUUAAAUACACACCACACAGACUUUAAAUCUCCUGUAAAUCACAUCAUUCAAACACAUAUCAAAACCCAUCAUCAUCAUCAUCAUCAUCAUCCUCAUCCUCGUCAUUGUGAUAGUCAUCACUCGUGAUAUGAGCGAGAUCAGGUGGUUUCAAUAUGUUAUUGAUUAGUUAUGGAUCCGUUGCCGGUUGGUUUGAAGUUUGGUCUAUUUGUGUAAAAGCACAACUAACGCAUCCAAGUCAUCACGUCAUCGGAUAUCCCUCCCCCUCCUCCGCCGCACACACACCUUUUGCAUGCCUCACUUUGUUUUUUCUUCCACCAUUGGCUCUCUGUUCGGGAAGGGGAGGGUCCUCUGGGAAGCAAGAGGGGCUUUUAAUGAAAACCGGGAAGUGUGAAUCCGCGCAGGAAGUCGCUCCCACGUGCACUAAUCCAGUCAAAAUCACAACUUUUGUCACCGAAGCUGUGGUUAUGAGAGGAAUUAGCAUCUAUAGGGGCCGACUUGAACCUGCUGCUGGACUCUUUAAUUUGGGGAGGGGACAACGAGGGAAAAAGGGGUUAGGAUUCGGGUUUGGAUAUGUGAGGAGACAGGAGGGCUGUGCUUCUAUCUAAGAGAUUGUAACAAUAACCACACCAGUGCGACUGGGCUAGUAGCUUCUAUUAUACUCAGUACUGUAGAUCAAAAUUGCAUGGGAGUCAAAACUAUACUAGUCUGGUUGUGUGUGGAUGCCUGUGUGUGUCUUUGUGUGCUUGAAAGAAACAGAGGGGUGAGUUAAAGCUGGAAUGUACUGUGGUCGAGUGUGUGUUUACCUACUCCAGCAGUUCUCACGCUCUUCCGCAGACAGGUAACGCACCUCUUCCACUUCUGUGUGUGUCCGUCGCCUGCCCCCUCGCCAGUGUGCGAAUAUAUGUGUGUGUCUACACCUCAUCUAAACCCCACCGCCUGUAUGCGUGUGCGUGAGUGCUUCACCUUGGUAUUUCACAGCAGACUCUUGUGUACACUGACUAGCCUGUCGACGUGUGUGUGUGUGUGUGUGUCUGCGUGUGUUGAGUCUGUUCACUGCUGAAUGAGGGGCAGCUGGUCCCUCACAGUGGCUUUCACACACACUGACUGUCUUUUCACUGUCUGUCUGUCUGCCUGUCUGUCUCUCUGCCGCAGGACAGACGGACAGACAACACGCCACCUUCUCACAGGCAGGAAUGAUCUUAACACGUACUGUCUUUUCUAAAGUGACUGUCGGAGUGUAAACUUGUGUGUUUGUGCCCAUCUAAGCCUGCGUAGCCAAAUAAGACGUGUGUGUGUGUGUGUGUGUGUGUGUGAGAGAGAGAGAGUGAGGGUGAAUUUGUACGCGUGUGAGUGCAGGUAUGCAUAUGUGUGUGUGAGUGUGUAUGUGAAGCCCGAUGGAGGCUACACUACUCUAUGUUUGCUGUUCCCAUUCCUGUUUUUAUACAUUUGCAUUUUUUUAAGGCUGAGUUUCUGUCAUUGGCUGAGUGAGCGAGAGGAGGCGGAUCCUCCACGCCACCGCCCUGUCACUAAUCUGCCACUCUGUUCCAAAUAAAAAGCCUGAUUGGGUAAAUCCGU